CUGAGAACCUCCAACUCCUCUCAAGUCCUCAACACUACUCCAGCCCACACUCCACCAUGACCGGCUCCUGCUGUGGCUCCUUCUCCUCCCAGAGCUGUGGAGGCUGCUGCCAGCCCUGCUGCAGCCGCGACCCCUGCUGCUGCCGCCCCGUGUCCUGCCAGACCACCGUGUGCCGCCCUGUGACCUGUGUGCCCCGCUACACGCGCCCCAUCUGUGAGCCCACAGGCCGCCCCAUCUGCUGCGACCCCUGUGGCCUGCAGGAAGGCUGCUGCCGCCCCAUCACCUGCUGCCCAACGUCCUGCACGGCCGUGGUCUGCAGACCCUGCUGCUGGGCCUCCACCAACUGCCAGAUCAUCAGUGUGCAGGCGCCCUGCUGCCGCCCCCGCUGCUGCCAGCCUGCGCCCUGCCGCACCAUCUGCAGGACCUCCUGCUGCAACCCCUGCUGCUAA